GAUUUUGGUUGCUUUGGGAUUUGCUUUUACUAUUUGGGCAGUUCCAUAUUCUAGGGAGUUCAAACAGAAAUAUGACUAUUUCUGGAAGAAGUUGAAGAAACCUGAUGAUAUACCAAACAGGUUUGAGAUGAGGCUGCACAGAAAUAAUAUUUUUGAGGAGUCCUACAGAAGAAUCAUGUCUGUGAAAAGACCUGAUGUACUGAAGGCCAGGCUCUGGAUUGAAUUUGAGUCAGAAAAAGGACUUGACUAUGGAGGCGUGGCCAGAGAGUGGUUUUUUCUCUUGUCCAAGGAGAUGUUCAACCCGUAUUAUGGUCUCUUUGAAUAUUCAGCAACGACACGUAUUCAGUGUUGCCUUGCUUGCAGCAAUACAAUGUGCCACUUCUGAGAUCAGCAUUAGCGAGAAGAGUGAUGAAGACAGACUUCUUGUGCCCUCCCAGUGGAUCAUGAAACACCUACUUUCUGGAAUUGUAUUUCUCCUUUCUAAUUAGCUUACAAAACAGCUUCUCAUUUACACUUAAGCAGGACCAGUGUUAUAUACCGAAUUGAGUUCUGUUGUGAUUUUAUGAUUUUUAUUUGUAUUCCACAUCAUAAUAAAAUGUAGUGCCCUGGGAGUUAGAGUUAAUGCUCCAGUUCCAUGAAUUGUUGAUGUUUCCAAGUACCUGGCUCUCAGAAGAUAAGAACUACAUAAACCAGAAGACUUCACUUUUCCAUUUUCCAUUUAAAGGGAAAGAUAAAACUGCUCAUGAGUCACAAGACUGCCCCUUUCUUUUACUGCUUGUCACUGUGGUGUGUGCUCUCUGUCUCACCUUCAGCGUUAGAGUAAGGUCUUUGGUUUUGGACAUUGGAGGCACCACUAGGAUUGCAAGACCUAAACUGCUGUUUUGUUUUUUCAGUUCAUCUACAUACCUUUUCCCUACCCCCCUUCCCCCUUUUCCUGGGGUGUGGGUCCCUCUGCCUCAUUUAGUCACAGAAUUGGACUGAACUGGCCUGGAAACUGUUGACAAGUUCAAAUGUGUUUUGUCCAGUUUCAAAACCCCUGAGUGGUGUAUUUGUGUAAAUGAGUGAGCCAAGUCUCUUGCUUAAAGUACAUUGCUUUUGUGUCUGCCUAUGAAAUUCCACAGUGGGCUUAGCUAAAGUAUGGAUGAAUUUCUUCAUUGAAGGCAGCAGUACUUAUGUUUUCAUGUCAGUAUCUGUCAUAGUUAUGUGAUUUUUGGUUUUCAGUAUU